ACCAGUAAGAGAGAGAGAGAGAGAGAGAGAGAGAGAGCUUCCAAUCUCUUUCUCCGGCAAAUUCUCUUUUCUUUGAUUUUGGUAGGUAGGGUUUCAAUUCAUCAAUAGAAGUGUAUUUAUAACAUCACAGCUCCGUCGCUUUCUUAUAAAACUUGAAAUCUUCUGCCUGUGAUUGUAAAAACCUCCAUGCCAAUGCAGUAAAAGGUGGUGAAAUCUCUUUCCCCCCACUUUCUCUGUCUCUCUCUGUCUCUAUUCUCUCCUGUAAUCUACCUUUGGAUGUUUAGAACAUCAUAAACGAGCAAUGACGGGUCGUAGAGACGGGCCAUUGAUGAGAAAUUAUAGACUGUCGAUGCGCGGAUCGAGAAUCGCGGUUGCCGUUGCCAUCGGAAUCCUUCUUGGAUGCGUCUUUGCAUUUGUGUACCCACAUGGAUUUUUCCGCUCCGAUCCAUCAAUUCAAGGCCGUCGAACUGGAAAAUCCAGUCUUGAGGGUGAUUCAUCUCCUUGUGAGUCGUCUGAACGGAUCAACAUGAUGAAGUCGGACUUUGUGUCUAUGUCACAGAAGAAUUCAGAGUUGAAGAAACAGGCUAGGGAAUUAAUUGAAAAGCUUCAAUUGGCUGAACAAGCAAAGGAUCAGGCAGAGAAGCUGGUCGAAGUCCUGGGGGGAAAGCAUAAAGCUGGGCCAUUUGGUACUGUAAAGGGUCUAAGAACCAAUCCAACUGUUGUUCCCGAUGAAUCUGUGAACCCAAGAUUGGCUAAGAUACUUGAGAAAGUAGCUGUUCAAAGAGAACUAAUAGUUGCAUUGGCAAAUUCCAAUGUGAAGGAAAUGUUGGAGGUCUGGUUCACUAACAUCAAGAGAGUUGGUAUACCAAAUUAUUUGGCUGUUGCUCUGGAUGAUGACAUUGCCGAUUUCUGCAAUUCAAAAGAUGUUCCCGUGUACAAAAGAGACCCUGAUGAGGGCAUUGACUCAGUUGCAAGGACAGGAGGCAACCAUGCUGUCUCGGGUUUGAAAUUCCGUAUCCUCAGGGAAUUCUUGCAGCUGGGCUACAGUGUUCUCCUCUCAGAUGUUGAUAUUGUAUACUUGCAGAAUCCAUUCAAUUAUCUUCAUCGGGACUCAGACGUGGAGUCCAUGACUGAUGGCCACAAUAACAUGACGGCCUAUGGGUUCAAUGACGUUUUUGAUGAGCCUGCUAUGGGUUGGGCCAGAUAUGCACAUACAAUGCGGAUAUGGGUUUUCAACUCUGGAUUCUUUUAUAUAAGGCCUACAAUUCCUUCAAUUGAGCUGCUGGAUCGUGUCGCCGGUCGGCUUUCUCGGGAACCACACUCUUGGGAUCAGGCAGUUUUCAAUGAAGAGCUCUUUUUCCCCUCACACCCUGAUUACGAUGGACUUCAUGCUUCCAAGAGAACUAUGGAUUUUUAUCUCUUUAUGAACAGCAAAGUUCUAUUUAAGACUGUGAGGAAGGAUAAUAAGCUAAGCAAGUUGAAGCCUGUCAUCAUUCACGUGAAUUACCAUCCAGAUAAGCUUCCGAGAAUGAAGGCAGUUGUGGACUUCUAUGUCAAUGGCAAUCAAGAUGCGCUAACAGCCUUCCCUGAUGGUUCAGAUUGGUAGAACUUAUUUCCAGACCCUCAAGACACCCAUUGCAGUGGUUCCCUAUUUGGUGUAGUUAGUGAUCUUCUCGGGCGAAUUCUGCGAAAGCAUUUGAUAGGUUAACCAAUCACUUUUUGAGAACUAGGUGAAAUGUGUGUAGUACUUUCAAAAAGAGUUGGUUCAUAUGGGGAAAUUUUCUUUUGUUGAUGUCAUACGGUCAUAGUUUUCUUUGAUUUUUUUAAGAUAGUCUACUUCCCAUGUAGGACCACCUAAUGCAUAUCUAGAGACAAAAGAUAGGGCUUCAUUAUGAAGAGGUCAAAUGUUUUUCGUUUUUAUACUUGUAUUGUGGCACAAUACACUAUCAAGCACUCUGGUUCUGUGUUGAAUCUACUUCAACUGAAAAUGACAGCUUGAAAUUUGAUCUGGACUUUUUGAAGGCA